GAUGUGUGUGUGUGUGUGUGUGUGUGUGAGUUGGCACUGGUGUAAAGAGAAGUGAAGACUGGAGGAGAACACACACUGACAGUAGUCAGUAGUACAGUCGAAGUCGAAGUAGUCGAAGAUGAAAGGCGAUAAAGAAGUAGGAAACUACAGGACCCACAAUCCCCUGCUCAGGACACGCUCACACGGGCCACUGAUGUGGGGGAGGAACAGCUACCCCCCUGCACACCCAUUUAGACCUGUGGACGUUAAGCCCGACGUCCCGCUGGCCCUGGAGCCGGUGUCUCCCCUGGACCUGCGGACGGACGGCAGGACGCUGGACCCAGACGUGUGGGAGCGGCAGCUGCAGCAGGAGCUCCUCCUGAUCCAGAAGCAGCAGCAGAUCCAGAAGCAGCUGCUCAUAAACGAGUUCCAGAAGCAGCAUGAGAACCUGCUCCGCCAGCACCAGGCCCAGCUGCAGGAACACCUGAAGCUGCAGCAGGAGCUCCAAGUGAUGAAACAGCAGCAGGAGCAGCUGGAGAAGGAGAAGAAGCUGGAGCAGCAGAACCAGGAGAGAGAGCUGGAGAGAAGCCGUCGCCAGCAGCAGGCCCUCAUCCUCCGGAACCGAGAACGAGCCCGAGAGACAGUGCUGCUUCAGACUGAGCGGCCCUGUGGUGCGAUGGGUGCUGUGGCGAGCACAGAGGUUAAACAGAAGCUCCAGAACUUCCUGCUGAACAAAACCACCAAGGACUCGCUUCCCACCGGACCCUGCAACGGGUUCACACACAGCGCCAGACUCUGGACCACGACAUCCCAUCACGCCUCUCUGGAGCAGAGUUCACCCCCGCUGGGCGGAGCCUCGCCCUCCUACAGGUUCCCGCUGCCCCCUCUGCAGGACUACAGGGACGACUUCCCUCUGAGAAAGACAGCCUCAGAACCCAAUCUGAAGGUGCGCUCCAGGCUGAAGCAGAAGGUGGCUGAGAGGAGGAGCAGCCCCCUUCUCAGGAGGAAAGAGGGGGCCGUCAUGACACCGUUCAAGAAGAGAGCCCUGGAGCUGCUCGAGUCCAGCAGCAGUAGCAGCGCCCCAGGCUCAGGCCCCAGCUCCCCCAACGGAGCCUCCAGUGCCCUGGGGGCUGAAAACGGGCCAUCAUCCUUACCAACCACCACCAGAACCGAGCGCUGGCCUUCACAGCCCAAGCUGCUGGGUGCCGAGGGUCCGGUGUCCGUCCUGAGCCUCUACACGUCCCCUUCCCUACCCAACAUCAACCUGGGCCUGUCCGCCGCCUCCUCUCCAAUCAGCGCUGGUUUGGGGCUGAAGGAGAAGCAUGGUGAGAGCAGUGGGGUGUUGGGUCUGCCCCCUCACGUCUUGGGCCCCGUGCCCCUCACCAUCAGCAUGGACUCCAAAGUGAGCAGCAGCCAGCAGGCCCUCCUCCAUCACCUCCUGCAUAAGGAGCAGCUCCGCCAGCAGAAGAUCCUGACCACCGGCCCGGGUACAGUGUCCGUACACCCUCCGUCUCCCCUGGCCAUGAAGGAGCGCUCCUCGGGCAGCGUGCGGCCCAAACUGCAGCGCCACCGCCCCCUGAACCGCACACAGUCUGCCCCUCUGCCCCAGGGCAUGCUGGCCCAACUCGUCAUCCAGCAGCAGCACCAGCACUUCCUGGAGAAGCAGAAACAGUACCAGCAGCAGAUCCACAUCAACAAGAUUCUCUCGAAGUCGAUUGAGCAGCUGAGGCAGCCGAGCAGGCUGCUGCACGAGUCCGAGGAGGAGGACAGCGCGCUGGAGCACGACGGCGGCUCGCCCCCUAUUGGCGUCAUCCGGAAGUGCAGCCCCAGCAGCAGCACUGAGGUCAUCAAAAUCAAGGAGGAACCAAUCGACAGCGACGACGAAUCACAGGCCAAAGAGAGCACUUACCUUCACCAGGUGAACGGAAGGCUGGUGAUACAGGCUGCCAUCUGAUCCGGGGCAUGGGCACUCACUCACACACACACACACACACACACACACCGACACACACAUAUACACACACACAGCCAUGCCCUCGCCUCCACCUCCACCUCCCCCAGCCCUCCUGAACUGUUUCCAUUCGUGAACUUUGUGAAGUGAUCUCUCCUGUACUGUAUGUUGUAAUGUUCUGUAUAUAAUUUAAAGAGGAAGAGAAUCUAGAACAUCCAGAAGCGGUUCUAAGAGGAAAGUCUUUAUUUGUAAAAGGUCUUUUGAACUGUAAUUGCUGCCCUUUCUACUUUCUAUCCUCCCACCGGAACAGAGCUGCGCUGAAGCUCGUGUACAGUAAUCACUGAUUUUACAUGCCACUUUGCAUAGCUUUAAUUUUGGAUGCUUUUGAUUAUUAUUAUUAUUAUUAUUAUUAUUAUUAUUAUUAUUAUUACGUCAGUGUUAGACUGCAACAGCCUACUUUUUGACUGCAGAGGGACCUUAUAAAUGUGUAAUACAAGGGGCCACUUAAACUGUUUCCAGUCCUGAUCUGUAUCUGCUGUGUCUGUAGAGUACGUGCCAUUACCACUCACCUGGACAUCAUUUCAGCACUCAAACCUCACCCACACACACUGACUCUGAGCUAGAUUGAGAUUAGUAAAACACAGGGGUCCUGACAUCGUCCCUGGGGGUCACGAGAGAGGAUGAUACUACACUGUGUAACUGAAACUCUUAAAGCUUGUGCAGUUUAAACCUUUAAACCCUGAUAAACAACAAAUUAAAACCAGGAUCUUUGCUGAUAAAACUUUUUUUUACUAUACUUAAUUUGUAAAUGAGAAUAUUUCACCAAGAAUGAGGCAAAAUCCUGCAGAGCUCCCACGUCUUUAGCACCAAGUGCCACUUUAGGGGCUGUUGGAGAAAUAUUUUUCUGUAGUAACACAUAACAAUAUCAGUGUGUAUCAUCAGCAAUUAAGGAAAAAUUCGGAGUUCGUCAGCAGAGCUUCAGCCAGUAUUUUCUUAUUUGAAUCUGUGUGAGAUGUAGCCUCCGAAUCUUCUCACCACCAUUCCACACCCCGGGUUUCCAGGUAUAAAACACAAUCUAGUGUGCUGUAUCUAUGGAAACAGGGGAGCUGGCUAUUUUUCUUCUAAAUAAGUAAUCACUGAUCUUCAGUAAGGUUUGCUACGCUUGAGAAAGAAAGGUGGUGAUUUAUUACUUAUAUUAAAUUAUUUUUUACACUGCCCCUAAAUUGCAGCAUUACUGAACAGAGACACGGGAGCGUGGAGAGAUCAUGACUCAAUCUUGGUCAAAUUUAAUCAUAUAAAAGUUAAGUUUAGUAAAAUAAAAGAUUGUUGAGAAUAAAAAACUUGUGACAUAAGGUUAAGGUUUUAGUUUGCUGUUUUCCAUCAUUUGAAAGUGAUUCUUAAAAAGGGUCUCUGAGUUAAUACUGCAUUCCCCAUUACAUUCUCUACAUUUGGUUAGUGUGAGCUGUUUGUGUGGUUAGGACAGCAUUUAGAACCUCGCUCUGUGUUCUGCACUUUCUCUCACGGGCUGAAACCAGGCACCCUGCUCCAGGGCCUGGUUCCUGCCUGGUCCCAGGGAGCAGCGAUGAGGAGGCUGAGCAGGAAAUGCCUGGUGGAAGCCGGGAACCGGGGGGAGAUUCAUGGGCACUGGAAUGCUGCUUCUGGGAGAUGAUGAGGGUACUGGAGAUUCACUGUUAAAUGACUGAACAGAUUGGAAGGGGGGGGGGGGGGGGGGGCCUAUGAUAUGCUAGCCCUUUUUUUAAAAAAUCAUCUCCUCCUCGGCCCUGGGUGACAUGUUGACCCCCACAUGCAGGUUUAACGUUUAAAUGUUAACCGUUAAUUGUUUCCUCUGUCUGCAGUCUCAUGGUACUUUAAGGGCAUUUUCACACCUGCACUUUUUUAAUCUGGCUUAAUUUGGAAUCUGGUUUGUUUUCAUCCUAGUGAAAACCUGGUGCGCUCCUGUCUGUUUGAAUGGGAAGAGAACAAAAUACUCUAAACUGAUGAUUUAAUUACUGUAACAUUUCAACACCAUAUUAUACAUUUUAAAUUGUUAGUUUGUAGUGUUUUGUUCCCUCAUACACAAAAAAAUUCAGAGUUUUCAGCUAGUUGUGGCAACUGCAUCUGCACAUCAAAAGUGGCUGGGAUUUCUUAAUAGGACACUGUACCCACCUCAGCUCUUAGCUGAUUGGCUCUUUUUUGUUGAAGGGCGGGACUUUAUUCAUAAACAUACACUGGGGUUGAGCUUUACGAGAACUCAGAACCAUUCAUCAUUCAGCCAUUCACUAAUAAUAGGUCUUUAGCUCACAGCUAUGAACUAAAUGCUCCAUGUUAAACUGUACAGAUGUAUGCACUAGUCCAGAACACACCACAUACUUUCUGUACUUUACUUUAUAAAUCCAGUAAUUUUUUUAUUUAAUGACCAAUCAGAAAAGAAAAUGUUGUUUUGAAAGUGUUUUUCUUAAUGCCUUUUGAUGCAUUUGCGGAUUUUUUCAUGUGUGAAAACAAACCAAACCAAGAAUAGAACUCAUCAAAUCUAUAAACUCAUUGACUGAUUUCAGACCUGCCUUUAAUCUCCCGGUUGUUCGGUUCUACCCAGCUCUGCUCAGCCUGAGGGAUAGAUAAACAGGGUCUGAUUCUGAACUGUCGGUAGUGGAGCAUAUAGUCAAGCGUCUUCUCCAUCCCCUAUUUCAGAUCCUGCCAUUACUGUAGAUGCUUUAGUAAGGGUUUAGUAAGAGUGUGUUUAACUGUGUGAAAAAAAAAAAAACUGUGAAAUAAAUACUGUUGCCUCUUAUACACCACCAAAGGGUAGAGAUAUACUUUACUGCAUUGGUUAUGCACGCAGUACACACAAAAACUCUAGGGGGCAGUGGAGGGGGCGCUCAGCUUCAUCAAAAUACUGAAAAGUUUUGAAGAACACCAACAUAUAUGAGCCUAUAUCUCAGUUUACCAGAAUCUGACUGUGAACCACUAGAGGGAGCCCACGAGUCAGUAAUUAGUGAAUGGGGGUGAAUGGAGCUACAUGCCUAAAAAUUAAAAAGAAAGUAAAAUAAAGUAGAUUGAUGUAUUUUGCUUAAAACACAAAGGCAUCAUAUCUGUAUGUUUCCAGUUUUCUACAGUAAAGGUUCUAGCACUGCUGCUAAAGUGUGCUAAUUGCUGAUUUGAGACCUGAUGCUGGAGUUUAAAAGGGUUAUAACUGGAGUUUAGGUGUAGCCAGUUUGAUCCAUAUGAAUCUAUUCAUUUUGGAUGUGCUUGGGAGUGCCCUAUGGUGGUGUGGUAUGAUGUAUGAUGUCUCCUUGCUGCUGUAGAAAACAGUACAGCCAAUUUUCUACGUAAACAUGACCAAACUGCAAGUAUAUCUCUAUCCUAAGACCUGCAGCCGUCAUAUGGAGUGUCAGAGUUGUGAAAGGGCAUCUCACGUGUCCAGUGUUCUUCUUUGUCCUGGCUGUGUACAGUCUGCUGCUGGGCAUCACCUGUUUUCUUUGUAGCUGUUUGUACGUGUUUCCCUCUGGCCUUGUCACACACUUCUCUCUUUUUCAAAUAAACUUCAUUCCUGUCCUGAAA